CAUGGUGGCGCGCCCCUGUAGUCCAAGUUACUGAAGAGGCUGAGGCAGGAGGAUCCCUUGAGCCCGGGAAGUGGAGGCUGCGGUGAGCCAUGAUCACCCCACAGCACUCUGGCGUGGACAACACAGCGAGACCCUGUCUCAGAAAAUAAAGUAUGCCCAGACUGCGCGCGGAAGGGCGGGCCUGGCGGGUCUGGUCUCCCCAUGCGGGCCACCAGAGGCCCUGCAGCCUUCAGUCGUUUGAAGGGGUAAUGGCGCUUCCCCCCACAAACAUGGCGGACACAGCGUGUGAACGAGAUGAACAGCCCCUCAAAAAUAUGGCCGCCGAGGCUGGACGGCCGCUCCCCAGCAGCACCGCCUCCACGCCCCACGUGAUCUCUCGCCGGGCACAGCUCUGACCGCGGAGGUCCAACCGGAAGAAUGUCCGGAUUGGACAUUCGGAAGAGAACCCGCCUUCCCGUGGGGAAUCUCUGCGCACGCGCAGAACGCUUUGACCAAUGAAAACACAGAAAGCGGUCUGCGCAACCGCGCUGCGUCACUUCUGCCGCCCCUGUUUCAAGGGAUAAGAAAGCCUGCGACAAGCCCUCCUCCUUUCCCAAGCUGCUGCCGAAGAUGGCGGAGGUGCAGGUCCUGGUGCUUGAUGGUCGAGGCCAUCUCCUGGGCCGCCUGGCGGCCAUCGUGGCUAAACAGGUACUGCUGGGCCGGAAGGUGGUGGUUGUACGCUGCGAAGGCAUCAACAUUUCUGGCAAUUUCUACAGAAACAAGUUGAAGUACCUGGCUUUCCUCCGCAAGCGGAUGAACACCAACCCUUCCCGAGGCCCCUACCACUUCCGGGCCCCCAGCCGCAUCUUCUGGCGGACCGUGCGAGGUAUGCUGCCCCACAAGACCAAGCGAGGCCAGGCCGCUCUGGACCGUCUCAAGGUGUUUGACGGCAUCCCACCGCCCUAUGACAAGAAAAAGCGGAUGGUGGUUCCUGCUGCCCUCAAGGUUGUGCGUCUGAAGCCUACAAGAAAGUUUGCCUAUCUGGGGCGCCUGGCUCAUGAGGUUGGCUGGAAGUACCAGGCAGUGACAGCCACCCUGGAGGAGAAGAGGAAAGAGAAAGCCAAGAUCCACUACCGGAAGAAGAAACAGCUCAUGAGGCUACGGAAACAGGCCGAGAAGAACGUGGAGAAGAAAAUUGACAAAUAUACAGAGGUCCUCAAGACCCACGGACUCCUGGUCUGAGCCCAAUAAAGACUGUUAAUUCCUCAUGCGUGGCCUGCCCUUCCUCCAUCGUCGCCCUGGAAUGUGCGGGACCCAGGGGCAGCAGCAAUCCAGGUGCCACAGGCAGCCUGGGACAUAGGAAGCUGGGAGCAAGGAAAGGGUCUUAGUCACUGCCUCCCGAAGUUGCUUGAAAGCACUCGGAGAAUUGUGCAGGUGUCAUUUAUCUAUGACCAAUAGGAAGAGCAACCAGUUACUGUUAGUGAAAGGGAGCCAGAAGACUGAUUGGAGGGCCCUAUCUUGUGAGUGGGGCAUCUGUUGGACUUUCCACCUGGUCAUAUACUCUGCAGCUGUUAGAAUGUGCAAGCACUUGGGGACAGCAUGAGCUUGCUGUUGUACACAGGGUAUUUCUAGAAGCAGAAAUAGACUGGGAAGAUGCACAACCAAGGGGUUACAGGCAUCGCCCGUGCUCCUCACCUGUAUUUUGUAAUCAGAAAUAAAUGCUUUUAAAGAAA